AUGCCACAUGCCUCACUCCAUAUCACGGUGCAGGGCCAGCGGCUGAUGAUGAUGGGCACGGCAGACGCUGCUCCAGUGGCGCCCGCCCAGGCAGUGGUGUUUGUGGAGGACCUGCCGGAGGAGGAGCAGGAGGCCGCCGCGCAGGUGAGCAUGGAAGGGGGGAUUGGGUGCCUGCCGGAGGAGGAGCAGGAGGCUGCCGGGCAGGUGAGCAGAGAAAAAGCCGGGAACAAGGACAGGGUGAGGCGAGCAGACGUGGGGCUGGUUGUAUUGCCACCCUGCAAGGCGCGAGGAGCACACACUCGCCCAGCCCAGGCGGUGGUGUUCUCUCACUGUCUCCUUGAGGACCUUCUGAAAGGGACGUGGGAGGCCGCUGCUGGCAGGUGCGUGCCGACUGGGGAGAGAGGCUUUAAGAAGGAGUGGUCAGCGGGGUUGGAGAAUCUGGGCAACACGUGCUACAUGAACGCCACGCUGCAGUGCCUCCACUCCGUGCCGCCCCUGCGCUCCGCCCUCGCGCAGUACGCCCCAUCGAGCGGCAUAGAGGCGGACAGCUCUCACCGCCUGGCGCUGGCAGCGAGGGACCUCUUUGGGGAGCUGGAAAAGUCACGCCGCCCCGUCACUCCCCUGCGCUUCCUCAUGGUCAUUGCCUCUCUUCCAUCCACCCCUCCCCCCAAGUUCCCCUUUCACUCCCAUCUCUUCGUCCCUGCACUUUCUCCAAAUGCUCCUUCUACACUUACCCCUCUGCUCCCCCGCUUCCCCACGCCCCCUCUCCUGUCCCCCUUUCCUAGCUCACUCAUCUGUUCUUCCCCCCACCUCCACUGUCUCGCUGCACCCUCUCUGCCCCCUUUGUGGCGUGCAGCUGCUGCGGCAAAGAUUCCCGCAGUUUGCUCAGCAGGGGGAGCAUGGCGCGUACAUGCAGCAGGUGAGGUGACAUGGGAGCAUGGGACAGCAUCACAUGCAGCAGGUGAGGUGACAUGGGAGCAUGGGACAGCAUCACAUGCAGCAGGUGAGGUGACAUGGGAGCAUGGGACAGCAUCACAUGCAGCAGGUGAGGUGACAUGGGAGCAUGGGACAGCAUCAAAUGCAGCAGGUGAGGUGACAUGGGAGCAUGGGACAGCAUCACAUGCAGCAGGUGAGGUGACAUGGGAGCAUGGGACAGCAUCACAUGCAGCAGGUGAGGUGACAUGGGAGCAUGUGACAGCAUCACAUGCAGCAGAUGAGGUGACAUGGGAGCAUGGGACAGCAUCACAUGCAGCAGGUGAGGUGUGUGAGAAAGAAGAAUUGUUGCACUGA